CUCAGAUACAAGUUCCACGCUGGUAAUCGAAGAACUGAAGUUGGGCAUACCACUACGUACUAGACAGAAAUGAUGAAAUGUGUCGAACUCGUUGGUGCUUUCCCAAAACAAUUGGCGCACAGAACUGAUCGGCCUAAACCUGAUCUACCACCAGAGGGCGCUAUUAUCAAGGUUUGGUACUGUGGAAUGUGUCAUACUGAUGCCCAUAUGUGGGUGAGUCCUUGCGAAAUACCAGUAAUACUUGGCCAUGAAGUCUGUGGAGAGAUAGAAUCAAUUGGAGAUGAUGGGGCCAAUCCAGAUGGUUUGCGUAAAGGUGAUAAAGUGAUCGUUUAUCCCUGGAUUGCGUGCGGCAAAUGUAAAGCCUGCGAUAAAGGAAAUGCUGAAUAUUGUGAACUGAAGCCAGAAGAGCAGAUUGAGAUUGGUAUCACUCUGGAUGGAGGAUAUGCAGAGUAUGUGGCAGUCCGUAAUUUGAUGUAUUUGGUGCCGGUACCGGAUGCUAUACCAAUGGAAAUUGCUGGUACACUGGCUUGUGGCAUGUUGACGGCAUACCAUACAAUACAGGUAGCUAGUAAAGAAAUUGAAGACAUACUACAAUCCAAAGAUAAUUGUGGUAUUUUAAUCAUUGGUGCCGGUGGACUAGGACUGUCAGCAGUGAAGCUAGCAAAGUAUUUAAUAUUGUCUAAAUAUAAAAAUGUUCAAGUGAUGUGCUCGGAUAUCAAUAAAAAUAAACUGGCUCUAGCGAUGGACGCUGGAUGUGAUGAUGUCAUCCAUUGGUCUCAAGAUGAGAAUGCAGAUGAGUGGGUACGCAAGACCAAAGCGGCUUUUGUUGGUGGUGGUCCAUUUAUUGUUAUAGAUUUCACUGGUAGUAAAGAUACGUUUGAUGUUGCGUACAAGUCACUCAGAAAGCACGGUACCAUCCUAUGCAUUGGAUUACAUGGUGGUGUUGUGGACUUGCCAUUGGAGUCAAUUAUUUUAAAUAGCAUCACUGUGAAAGGAGUCUAUGUAGGAACACUCUCCCAACUCAGAGAACUGACCAAAAUAGUUGCUGAUGGCAAGAUCCCUCCAUUGCCGUACACACUACAUAAACUUGAAGAAGCCCCAGAUCUCAUCUGUAAACUGAAAACCAAUCAGAUUACAACAGGAAGGGCUAUCUUGUCACUGAAGCAAUAG